AUGUUCGAGUUUGUGUGCACGAUUUGGUGGUACAUUCAGGCGGCCGUGUGGUCGGGCGUCGCCCUUUCGCUCCUGAGCUACCUCGUGCCCCUCAUCUUCCAGUCCUAUGUCUACAAGGACCAGGACCUGAAGAAGAAGUACAACGCUAAGUGGGCCGUCGUCACCGGAGGCUCGUCCGGCAUCGGCCGCGCCCUCACCGAGAAGCUCGCCUCUCAGGGCAUCAACGUGGUCAUCGUAGCGCUGCAGGACAAGCUCCUGGACGAGCUCCACAGCAAGCUCAAGGCCCAGUACCCCCAGCUGGAGUUCAGGGCCGUCGGCGUCGACCUCUCGGGCUCUUCCGGAGACUACAUGCCGGCCAUUGCUGAGGCCACCGACGACAUUGACGUCAGCCUGCUCUUCAACAACGCCGGCUACAUCAUCAUCGGAUUGUUCGCCGACAUUCCGUUGGACAGGCAGCUGAAGAACUACGACGUCAACGCCACCUGCGCUGUGAAGAUCACCCACCACUUCCUCAGCCGCAUGAUCGCCAAGAAGCUCCGCGGCGCCAUCUCCUUCACCUCCUCGCCCGCCGGCCUGAUGCCCUGCCCGUUCUCGGUCAUCUACGGUGCCACCAAGGCCUUCCUCACCGAGUUUGCCACCUCGCUCGCCUGCGAAGUCAAGCAGGAUGGCAUCGAUGUCUUUGUGCUGCACCCGUCGCCUGUCGACACGGCCUUCUACUCGGGCGACACCGCCCACAAGAGCGCCUCGCUCUCGUUCUUCCAGAAGACCGCCAACUCGCCCGCGUCCAUUGCCGACACUAUGUUCAAGAGCAUCGGCCAGGCGACUGUGGUUCGCGAUCAGGGUUACUUUGCCGUGGGCCUGCACAUGCUGCUGAAGGUGGUGGACAUCAACUUCCUGUCGCUGGUGUUCUCGUACACGGCCCACCUCUCCGGCGAGUACAAGAAGCUCAUCGCCGAGAGGAAGGAGAAGAAGAACUGA